UUAAAAGCUUCUUAUUGUGCCUUAUUCCUUCUAAGCCGAGUUCGACUUCUCUCGCUCUCUCGAUAAUGGCCUCAGCAAUGGUUGAAGACAGCAGCUUCGAAGAUGACCAGCUCGCUUCAAUGUCAACUGACGACAUUGUUAGGGCUUCCAGGCUUCUUGAUAACGAAAUUCGGAUCCUUAAGGAAGAGUUGACGAGAACAAAUCUAGAGCGGGAUUCCUUCAAGGAUAAGAUAAAAGAGAAUCAGGAGAAGAUCAAGCUCAAUAAACAGCUGCCUUACUUGGUCGGGAACAUAGUUGAGAUUUUGGAAAUGAAUCCAGAAGAUGAGGCGGAAGAAGAUGGUGCUAAUGUUGAUCUCGACUCUCAAAGGAAGGGGAAGUGUGUUGUACUAAAGACAUCCACUCGGCAGACAAUCUUUCUGCCUGUUGUUGGGCUUGUGGACCCUGAUAAGUUGAAACCGGGUGAUUUGGUUGGAGUGAACAAGGACAGCUACUUGAUCUUGGAUACACUUCCAUCUGAGUAUGAUUCACGGGUAAAGGCUAUGGAAGUUGAUGAAAAACCAACUGAAGAUUAUAAUGACAUUGGGGGGCUGGAGAAGCAGAUUCAAGAACUUGUUGAGGCUAUUGUGUUGCCUAUGACUCACAAAGAGCGGUUUCAAAAGUUAGGAAUUCGUCCACCCAAAGGAGUGCUUUUGUAUGGACCUCCAGGAACUGGCAAAACAUUAAUGGCUCGUGCUUGUGCAGCACAGACAAAUGCCACCUUCCUGAAGCAAGCUGGUCCACAACUUGUACAGAUGUUCAUUGGGGAUGGAGCAAAACUUGUACGUGAUGCUUUUCAGCUUGCCAAAGAAAAGUCUCCCUGCAUCAUCUUUAUAGAUGAAAUUGAUGCAAUUGGCACAAAGCGGUUUGAUAGUGAAGUGAGUGGGGAUAGAGAAGUCCAACGGACAAUGUUGGAAUUGCUUAAUCAGCUUGAUGGUUUUAGCAGUGACGACCGGAUAAAGGUAAUAGCCGCAACUAAUCGAGCUGAUAUCCUGGAUCCUGCUCUCAUGCGUUCUGGUCGCUUGGAUCGUAAAAUUGAAUUCCCCCAUCCUACUGAAGAAGCGAGAGCUCGUAUCUUACAGAUCCAUUCAAGAAAGAUGAACGUCAACCCCGAUGUAAAUUUUGAAGAGUUGGCUCGCUCAACAGAUGAUUUCAACGGGGCACAGCUAAAAGCUGUUUGUGUAGAGGCAGGCAUGCUAGCUCUUCGUCGGGAUGCAACUGAGGUGAUGCAUGAAGACUUCAAUGAAGGCAUCAUUCAGGUUCAGGCAAAGAAGAAAGCCAGCUUAAAUUACUAUGCAUAGAUAUGUGCAACUUUUGUACCCCUUUUGUUUUAUCAAAUGAUUGCAUGAAGGCUAGUUUGUUUCAAUUUUAGUAGAUGACUGCAGAGGAAGGUUUAAUUCUUUCUU